AUGGCCGUCACCAAAUAUAAAGAAAGUGAAAUGUGUAGCAGUUCCAUAUUCAAUCAGAUAGAUCCAUAUGAACCUGAAGUUGAUUUCCAAACAUUUUAUGCUGAUAACGAGAAUAUUCAAAAUGAKGACCUGGUUGCCUGGGUAACAACAGGAAUGAUGCACGUACCUCACACGGAAGACAUUCCAAAUACGGCAACGGCGGGAAAUACAGCGGGCUUCUUUUUACGWCCUUUCAACUUCUUUGAUGAAGAUCCAUCUGUGCGCUCAAGGGACGCCAUUGUCAUCACACCAAAGGACAAGAAAUUUACCGACGCGAAAGUUGAAAGGUUUGGAACCCCAGAUGGUCCGAAGUGCAUUCCCGAAAAAAAGCCUUUCAAAUUUACUGGUUCGUAUGGAUAUGCUUAA